AUGGAGGGAGAUCAGCCCCACCUGAGCUCAGACCCGACCACCCCGUACCUGAGGAAGGCUCCCACCCCUCCCGGCCAUGAGGACGCCGACACCGCCGUGAUCGCAGUGGUGAUCACGCUGGUGUUCCUCACCCUGCUGACCGUGCUGGUGCUGCAGCCAGGACAGCAGAGAGCUGGAGCCCUGAACCCUGGGAUCCCCAGAACCCCAGGAACCCCAAAACCCCGGGAGCCCCCAGGCCAGCGCGGGGGGCAGGAGCCACGCCCAGCCCCGUGUGCAGAGGGAGGGUCCCUCACCCCAGAGCGAGCAGUGGCAUGUGGCAGGUGUGACCCCCACCUGUGCCAGGUCACCAUGGAGCCGUGCCCGGGGCAGCCCCAGGAGGCCCUGCUGACGGUCAACGAGCAGGUUAUUGUCAUGUCCAGCCACGAGACCAUCAGGGUGCUGGAAGUGGGGGUGGAUGGGGACCCCAAAACGGCCGGAGAGGGAGCGGGGGUGUCCCCGGCACAGGGGGGCCCCCCAGGUGUGGAGGACGCUCCCGCCAGCACCCCGAGCUCGACCGGCGGGGAGGCGGCAGGUAAAGCCAAGCCAGCGUCGCCCACCCCGGUGGCCUCGAGCCCCGCCCCGAGCCAGCCCGGAGUGACGCACCUGGCCGUGCAGGCCACCCCACAGGUGUUGGCUCAGGAAAGCUUAGCCACAGGUGUGACAGGAGUAAUGGUUCCGGCAGGGACAGUUACUCAACCUCUUCUUAUCCCCAUCAGUAUUGCAGGUCAGGUGACAGGCCAGCAGGCGCUGGCCCUGGUGACAAUUCCCACAGCAACGCUCGCCGCGCUCCCGGGACUGACGCCGGCGGCACCUGCGGGGGCGAUUUUCAAACCGCCCGUAGCCAAUCUGACAGCCGCCGCCGUGCUCAGCCCCGCCGUCCCGGCCGUCCCGGCGGUCCCGGCGCCGCGGCCGCCCCCGGCGCAGCCCCCGCUGCUGCCCCAGCCCCCCCCGGCGCCCACCCCCCCAAAGGAGCCCCCGAUGUCCGUCCAGCCCCAGAUCGCCGGACUGGCCUUUAACCCCGGCAUACUCACGGCGGCUCUGGGGGCGCAGCCGCAGGUCCUGGGGUCCCUCAGUGCCCCCCCCGUGAUCGCCACCCCCCUCCCCAGCGUCCAGGGGAUCCCGGGGCAGCUCCUGAGCGCCACCCAGGGCCAGGUGAUCGGGACCCUGCCGUGGGUCGUGGCCCCCCCCGGGGUGGCCGCGGCCGCCCCCGCGCCGGCCCCGCCCAGCCUGCAGGUGACAGCGGUGACACCGCAGCUGCUGCUGAACGCGCAGGGCCAGGUGAUCGCCACGCUGGGGGCCACGCUGGCCACGGGGGCCACGCUGGCCACCGCCCCCCCCGCGCCCGCCCCCAGCAAGAAAAACGGGACAGCUGAGCCCCCCAUCAAGAGCGAGGUCCAGCCCAUCCAGCCGGCCCCGGCGGGGGUGGGGCCGAGCCCCCCGGCCGUGCCCAAGGUGUCGGUGCCGCCAUCGCCAGUGCCCGUCCCGUGCUCCGAGACCCCCACCGUGAGCCAGCUGGUGGCCAAGCCCCCCGCCCCGCCCAGCGUGGAGGAGGACGGGAUCAACCUGGAGGAGAUCCGGGAAUUCGCCAAGAACUUCAAACUGCGGCGCCUCUCGCUGGGGCUGACCCAGACCCAGGUGGGGCAGGCCCUGACGGCCACCGAGGGCCCCGCCUACAGCCAGUCUGCCAUCUGCAGGUUCGAGAAGCUGGACAUCACGCUGAGUGUCCCCUGUGUCCCCUCUGAGUGUCCCCCUGUCCCCUGUGUCCCCAGGUUCGAGAAGCUGGACAUCACGCCCAAGAGCGCGCAGAAGCUGAAGCCGGUGCUGGAGAAGUGGCUGCGGGAGGCGGAGCAGCGGCAGCGCGAGGGGCAGCAGCACCUGCUGGAGUUCGUGGGGGGCGAGCCGGGCAAGAAGCGCAAGCGGCGAACCUCCUUCACCCCGCAGGCGCUGGAGGCGCUCAAUGCGCACUUCGAGCGCAACGCGCUGCCCACGGGCGCGGAGAUAACGCGCAUCGCGCAGGAGCUGCGCUACGAGCGCGAGGUGGUGCGGGUCUGGUUCUGCAACCGCCGCCAGACCCUCAAGAACACCAGCAAGCUGAACGUGUUCCACGUGCCCUGAGGGCCGCGCCCGGCCCGGCUCUGCCCCGCCGCCGCCGCCGCCGCCGGGACCGGGGUCUGCCCCCGGCAGCGCCCGGUGCGCCGAGCUGGGAGCGCCGGGAGCGCCCUCGGCCCCGCCCGGGCUCCUGCCAGCAGCACUUUGGGCACUCGUUCUGUCCUUCUGCCACCUGGUUCCACCACCACACCUGACCUGUGUCACCUGGUUCCACCACCACACCUGUCCUGCGUCACCUGGUUCCACCACCACAAGUGUCCCUAUGUCCACCACACCUGUCCUGUGUCACCUGUUCCACCACCACACCUGUCCUGCGUCACCUGGUUCCACCACCAUAAGUGUCCCUCUGACACCUGGUUCCACCACCACAAGUGUCCCUAUGUCCACCACACCUGACUUAAGUCACCUGUUCCACCAGCACACCUGUACCCUUGUCCACCAUGCCGCCUGGACCCGUGUCCAGCACACCUGUGCCCACCAUACCCAUACCUGUGUCCACCACACCUUUACCUGUGUCCACACACCUGUACCUGUGUCCACCAUGCCUGAAUCUGUGUCCAUCCCCACUCUGCCCCCUCAGCAACUCCCACAUGCCCUAAACUGGGAGCACUGGGAGCCCCCUGUGUCCCCCCCAGCCUCCUGCCAGCAGCCUUUUGGGCACUGGUUCUGUCCCUCUGCACCUGGUUCCAACCACCACACCUGUGCCCGUGGCCAGCACACCUGUCCCUCUGCCACCAGCCCAGACCUGUGUCCACCACACCUGUACCCAUGUCCACCAUGCCUAUACCUGUGUCCACAGCCCAGAUCUGUGUCUGACAUUCAACGUCUUCCACGCGGUCUGAACUGGGAGCACUGGGAACAUCCCAGUUCCCAUUCCCUGGCUGUUUGCCAUCAGCCCUUCAGCCACUGAUUUUGUCCCUUUGGCCACUGGUUUUGUCCCUUUGGCCACCCCUGUGUCCCUCCAGCCCUGUGCCCACCCCGCUGCGCCCUCAGUGCCCUGAACUGGGAGCACUGGGAAUCCCUCUGUGUGUCCCACCAGUCACAGCCCCCGACCUCCAGCCAUCAGCACUUUGGCCACUGGAUUUGUCCCUUGGGCUGCAGAUUUGUCCCUUUGGCCACAGAUUUGUUCCUCUGCCCCCCUGUCUGUACCUGUACCUACCUGUGCCUGUGUGUGCCCCCCGGUCCCUCCUCUCACACACGACCAGAGUGUCGAUAUCACACCUCCCCCACCUGUGACACACGUGGUGACAGACCCCCCCCAAGUGUCACCCACCCACCCAAAAUCAGCGAUUUCCAUUUUCCUGGGUUUUGUCCUUUUUCCUGUGUUUCUGAGGCGAUGUUACGGCUCACCGGGGGUGACCCCAAAUUUAUGUCACCCCCACGCUGUGGGUCCCCCACCUCGUGAGGGGCUUAGGGGGGUGAUCCCCCACCUUGGGGACGUCCCGUGGAUGGAUGUCGGGGACAUCUCCCCCGGGUUUGGGGGGCGUGAACCCCAAAGCAGAGGCAGCUCCUCCUCCCCAGCUCCCCCUGCCCUGAGCCCGGGGGGCUCCAGCCCCCCCGGGGGCGAUUGGGGGGGACACGGGGGCGCCCGCUGGGGCCGCGACAGACUGAUGCACUUGAUGUAGUGGUGUGAAAUAAACAGUAUUUUUCUUUUUU